CGGGAGGGGGAGCCGACUGGUGCGGCUCGGGAGAGCGCUCCUCCGCCCCGCGCGCCUUCCCUGCGCCCCGGCUCGCCUGCGCCUCACUGUCCGCGCAGCGCCUCGGGCGUCCAGAGCGCGCCCCUCGCACCGCAUCAAGCGCCGCCCGCGGCAGCCCAGCCCCAGCCUUCUUCCUCCUCCUCCUUUUUCUCCUCCUCCUCCUCCUCCGCCGCCGGACACGCAGCCGCAGGCCGGGGCCGGGACGCAGCUGGGGAGACAGGGACGCGCGCAGCCAGCCCUUCCCCCUCCGGCUCCCGCACCGCCGGCCGCCUCCCCUCGCCCUCCUCCUCUCCCCUCCCUGCUCCUUCGCUUCUCCUCCUCUUCCUCUCCUAGCCCAGACUGCCAGCACCAUGUCCGCAGGGGGAGAUUUUGGGAACCCACUGAGAAAAUUCAAGUUGGUGUUCCUAGGGGAGCAGAGCGUCGGGAAGACGUCUCUGAUCACACGGUUCAUGUAUGACAGCUUCGACAACACGUACCAGGCAACCAUUGGGAUUGACUUCUUGUCAAAAACCAUGUACUUGGAGGAUCGUACGGUGCGACUGCAGCUCUGGGACACAGCUGGCCAGGAGAGGUUCCGCAGCCUGAUCCCCAGCUACAUCCGGGACUCCACGGUGGCCGUGGUGGUGUACGACAUCACAAAUCUCAACUCCUUCCAACAGACCUCUAAGUGGAUCGAUGACGUUAGGACAGAGCGGGGCAGUGACGUCAUCAUCAUGCUGGUGGGCAACAAGACGGACCUGGCCGACAAGAGGCAGAUAACCAUCGAGGAGGGGGAGCAGCGCGCCAAAGAACUGAGCGUCAUGUUCAUUGAGACCAGCGCCAAGACCGGCUACAACGUGAAGCAGCUCUUCCGACGUGUGGCCUCGGCUCUGCCCGGAAUGGAGAAUGUCCAGGAGAAAAGCAAAGAAGGGAUGAUCGACAUCAAGCUGGACAAACCCCAGGAGCCCCCGGCCAGCGAGGGCGGCUGCUCUUGCUAAUGCAGCCUGACCACCGGCUUCCCUUGACACUACUCGCUUGUUGUGUUGCUUCCUAUUGGUUAGCUUCCUAAGGGGGGUGGGAAACGAGCUUAUCCAGAUGGGAGGAUUUUUCUUUUCUCUCUGUCUCUAGGAGUCGGGGAGGGGUGGGGAGGGAGGCUGGGCAUCAGGGAUCACGUCACUCUUAACAGCUGUUACUUAAACAACUAUUUUUUGGUUUGGUUGUAAUAUAUUGUACUUUAUUAAGAUUGCCAAAAACUGUUAAAAUUUAAAAAAAAUUUAAAUCAUGUGUAUACAACUUUUUGCCAGAUAAAAAUGUUGUCAUUUUUAUUUGAAAGAUGUGCUUUUUUGUUUUUGUAUAUUUGUAAACUUAUAGAGAACCUUUUCCACACACCUCCUCCUUCCUGUCCUCUUUUAAUGGUUCAUCACCUCUGCCCUGCUCCCGCCCCCUGCCCAAUAAAUUAGAACAAUUAACUGGGCAACUUAAUUAGGCUCCAACUCCAGGCCCUCUGGCCCAGACCAAACAGGCUCCAUCAACAGGCCCUACCUGAUUAAACCAAACACCAAUGGAAUGGAACAGCCUCUGAAGAGGCAGCUCUGACUCUGUUCUUCUCUGGCCAGAGUGGGGCAUCAGCCACAGCCCUGAGCUGACAUUAAGGCCUUGUGGACAUCAGAGGGGCCGGCCCCAGGCCCACUGGAAUUACUUCUGCCUCUUUCCCCUCCCUGAAAAGCCUUGGAGCAGGUGGAGGGCACUUGCCACAGACAACCUUCUGUUCUCUGUGGUCCACUUAGUGGUCGGCAGAGCAAGAGGUCACUGGAAGGGAGGAAGGACAGGGUGCUGCUGGCAAAUGUGGGCUGGAGCGAUGUGCAGUUUUGAAUAUGUUUUAACCAACCAGUCUAGCGAUCAGCACACAUGUCUGGGUUGGAGCCAAAGGCAGGGUGAGAGCAAGCUCAGCAUGUGCACACCUGAGGCCCUCCUCCUUGGAUGCCAGGAAGCUGGGGCCUGUGUCCCACAGUAUUGGUCCUUCUGUGACUGGGAAAGGGAGGGUUGUCUGCAGAACUGCCACCUGGAAGGUGCCUGUUCUCCGAUGCUUGGUUGCUCACACUGUCGAGUGCCGUUCUGGAAAGGCUGACUUCUUGAUGUGUGUUCGCCACUCUGGCGCAUUGCAUUUGAAAUCUUUGUGCACAGACCUUAGCAGCAUUCUGGCUGCCUGAGGUAGGGCUGAGGUGGGGUGUCCAGAAGGCUGCCCAGAGAAAGCUGUCCUUGCCAUUUUUGACUCAUUUCUGAGAAGGGCUUCAUCCUGAGAACCUACCUGUAAAAUCUCUGAAGAAGAUGCUCACUUUCACUAAGUGAUGCAACCCACUUGGCCAGCCUUCCAAAGAGUCCCAGACUCACCAGCACAAAGGCUGUGAGGGGUGACUCUGGCAAAAACUGAUAAAUACCCUCCAAGCUGGCAAUGACUCUUCCUCCAGGUUGCUGUUGGGCUUGUCAUCAAUGAACUCAAUGACCAUCUCGGUGUGGUAGGAGGUAAAUUCCUCCAUAAAGCAGGGCUCCAACAAGGUUUUGCAGAGAAUUUGAAACUUCUCAGAAACUAAUCCAAAAUGGCAGCCAGUAGGUGCAGCAGAACCUGGCAGAACUCAUGGAUAUUUGUUCAGUGGGCCUGUCACACACUCAGCUAAGGAGACUCCCCGUCAGAGCUGAUCUCAAGGGAGGAAUUUAUCUCCAGGUGAAGGAAAGAGGAAGCAGGAUUUCCACUGAGCUGCUUUUCCCGAAGGCAAAGAUCAAUGUGCGAAGGUAAUUCCAGUGUCACGUGUUGAGUUUUUAUAUGUGUGUACAUAACUAUAUAUAGAGAUAGACUUGUGUAUACACCUUACACACACACAUUCUCACGGAGAUACAUGUGCUCAAUGUAUAUUCUUGUUUUUCCUGCUCUCAAGUUGGAACUUGCAUUGUGAUAAGUUUUGGAAAUUCAAAAGUACUGCAAUGUGUUGAAAUAAGAAAUACUUAAUAUUGUCCUGAAACUUGUGAUUGUCUUGCCAUCAAUAAAAUAAUGCAUAGAUGUGUUAACUACAGGCAAAAGUAGCCCCUGGGAAUACGCGCACCGUUUCUCUCUGUACUUAUAUGCAUAGGUGUGCAGCCCAGGUGGGCCAGCACCCCCACCAUGGCACACCCCCAAGUGGUGCUUGUUGGAAGAGUGCUUACUUACCUCGUGAGAAUUCACAGGAGACCAGGUGACAGCACCCGGGCUGGCUGGCAGGGACAGCCAUUGCUUGUGGCCUCUAGGACAGCCCCAUUUGCAGGGUCUCAGUGAAUGAAUGGAUGGUGGCUUUUUAUUUCCUUGGUACUAAAGAGUACUUUUUCUUAAAACCUUCUUGUAAAAAAGGUAGAGAUUCAGUCCCCUUCUCUUGUACACACAUAUCAAGGCACCAUGAACUUGUUUUUCUAGCACAUCCCUGAGGAACAGUAAGAGACACAGUAGAUACAAUAGCCCAGGCUCUCCCUGCCCCGUGGGCCCCUGAAGGUGAGGGCAUUUGGCUCCCCUCAGUCUCCCAUCCUCCCCCCCACUGUCCCUUGGGGCCCCUUUCCUCGGGCCUCAUCUCCACCCCUCGUUCCUGGGUCUGUCAGGGCAGCCAGGCCUCCGGCACAGAAGGGCAUUGGUUCCUUGGCUCCUGUUUCAGGCUGGUGCCAUCACUGUCCUCUUGCUUCUAGGCAGGAUCUUGAUGCAGAGUUAAGGUUCAAUAACGAAAUGAUCAGGUUCCCUUGGAGAAAGUGUCAAGAAGUUCCUAAGCAUCUCCGAGUGAGAGUAUUCCACUGUCUUGAAUCCAGGUGGGCUAGCAUGAGGCAAAGGGGAGGAAUCCUUUUGGGAAAUGAUUUCAGUUUAGCCAGUGGUUCAGACCCUCAGAGCAGCCCUGACCUGGGAGUAGGGCAGGGUCAUCUUCUGUAGCCCUCUUUUUUUCUUUGAGGAAUCUCAAAGAAAAGCUGUCAGUGCAAAGCUUCUGUUUUUUGGGCGUCUGAGAAGUGGGGCAUACGAUGGGAAAGCAGGAAGCGUAUCCAUCAUUGCACGCACUAGUGAGAGUGAAAGUAGCAUCUUGAGUGCUAGAACUCCAGCUGUGUAGUCCAAGGUUAGCAAGCCUGUGUCAGAGGCUUCCCUGCCAUCACUGUUACCACUCUCUUCCUGUCAGCAUCCUCAAGUGAUCUGGAAUGUCCCAGGCCCGAGGAGCAAUGGCCAGGUCAGGUCCAGUGUCUCAGGCAACAAAAACUAGGACUGAAGUGAUGGUAACUAAGACACAUCUUGGGUGCAAUGUCUCUGACCUCGUGGUGGCCAGCCAGUGCUGGGAGCCCCUGCCCUCAAGGACUAGGUGUGACAAUCGUGGCACCGCUGGCUUCGGUGUCCUGCAGGCAAAGCAGCCUCACUCCUUCACAUGGUGGAGGGUGGCUGAGGAUGUCAGGAUGUGAGAACAGGCAGCAGAGGGCUGUGAGGCAUCUGAGCCACACAAGGGGCGACUGAGCAGAAGUGUCUCUGUACCAACCGAGCAGGGUUGUGUGUGCAUGAGUUUCCGAACUACCUCUCCCCCAACAAUGUGAGGCAUUGUCCCCUGGGCUGCAGCAGAGUGGGGCGGAGGGCUCAUAAACCUUCCUAGGCCAAGGCAGGAAAACCAGGACCAAGAAGGGUGCCUUGCUGAUCGUCACCCGCAGCCAGAAGCAGUCAGAACUAAGGUGUUUCCACUCUCCAUCCCUCAACCGUGUGCAACAAACGUGACUGCACACUGGUACACAGGGGCUGUGGGCACGUGUGCUCCUCAGACCACCACUAGUCUAGGUUGGACCUAAAAGUCUGUCCCAUGCAUCUGAGUGAGGCGGGAAAGAACCCAUGUGCACUUCAGGCUCCAGUGCAACAAACGGCCAGUUCCCAAGUCCACUCUGAUUGGCAAAUUUGGGCACCCUUUGGAUUUUUGGUUUGAAAUGAACUAGUCCAGUGUUUGAAAACCUUGGGCUCUCAAUGUGUAAACUCCCUGGACACCAGACCCCCGAGUGGUUGACACUCCCAGCAGGGUGUGGUUUCUCCUUGCAGUGGGGCUUGGGUGUUUCCCUCUGGUGCAAGGCCUCCAAACACUGACGGCCAGCCUGUAUCACGUGGUGUGUGUCACCUUCCCCCUCACCCAUCCCCAUUAAAGUGACUGGCCAUGAGGAGCCCAGAGGGUGGCAUUUUCAUCUGUGCCUGGCUCAGCAGGCUUACAUGGCCACAUUGACUUGACAUAAAACUGUGUAAAAUGUGGAAGACUCAGCAUGUUGAUCAAACAAUAAACUGUCCUAAUUCUCAACACAAA